AUGCCUAACUUCCAGCGCAGGUUUGGUGACAGCUCUCUGCAGGAGAGAGUGAACCAGCAGAGCUGUGAGCGUCUCCAAGGUUACUGCAGCACGCUGACAGACAGGCUGCCUCACACGGCUGGUAUCCAGUCACUACCAGACCUGCUGUCCUCUCUGGAUCGCAGCGUCCAGACCAAGAAGAGGAAGAACGUGGAGGUCCUGUGGAUCGCUGCUACGGUAACACGUCAGCCCUACACCAGUCCAGCGCCGCAACUAUCAACGCUCCGUGUAAAGCUUAGCAGUUCAAUGUUCUCAGCACAAACGGACAUUUGGAAAAACUGAAAAAUGGGUUCCAAUAUAAACAUUUUUAUUUUUUUGU